AUGUCCCGUUUCGUGUCUGCCGGAACGGACAAGAGUCCUACGGAGCGUGACGAGGCCUGGCUGAGAGCGCAGGUGCAGAUAGAAGCUACCAGGGCACGGAACACAGCACCUGGCGAGCAACAAGGUGGCAAAUCCUUAUACGAGACAUUGCAGGCUAACAAGGCCGCAAAGCAAGAGGCCUUUGAAGAAGCUACACGCCUGAGGAACCAAUUCCGGACGCUGGACGAGGAUGAAGUCGACUUUCUUGACUCGGUCCUGGAGAGCACCCGGAACAAGGAAGCCGAAGUAAGACAGGAAACCACGGACCAGCUCGAAGCUUUCCGACAGCGCAAGGAAGCCGCCGAGAAAGCGGCAAAGCUGGUCGAUGAUGGUGAGGAUGUUGUCCAGGUACAGACAUGGUCCGUGGUACCAAAAAAGCGCAAGAAGGGUCGCGAGAAGGAGGCCAUCGGCGGUGUGAAGUUGCGCAGAACGUCUACCGCCAAAAUUUCUGAUGCUGAGCAGCCUACUUCGGCGAUGCUAAACCCGGAGAAAGUCAGCACUCCGAACGAGCAGAAUCGAUUGCUAGAACCGGUGGGCGGGGCACCUACAUCAAAGCCAGCCGCGAUUGUGAGUGAAGCGCAGCCCUCGCAGCCAAAUGUCAGACCACUGGCAUCAGAAUUAGCGGCACCACCACCUGUGCUAGGGCUCGGAGCAUAUUCUUCUGACGAAGACGAUUGA